AUGGACCAGUGUGAGGACGGACAGUGGGGAGGCCGUCCCUCUAAAAGGACUCUGAGUGGGGAACACCAGAAACAGACCAAAGCUAAACGUCUCAGCUCAAAGUCAACUCCAGAUGUUUCUCUCUUCCAGCUGCUGGAGGACAACAUGCUGACUUUCAUGAAGGGGGAGCUGAAGAAGAUGAAGAAGCUCCUGAGUCCAGAUUACCCAGCAUGCUCAUGGAGUGAGCGGGAGGAUGAGGAUGAAGAGCAGAGGGGCAGCAGAGAAUCAUUUCUGAUGUUCACACUGGACUUCCUGAGGAGGAUGAAGCAGGAGGAGCUGGCUCAGCGUCUGAGGAGCAGAAUUUCUGCUGGAGUCUGCCAACAGAAACUGAAAUGUGGCCUGGAGAAGAGGUUCAAGUGUGUGUUUGAGGGGGUCUCUGAAGGAGGACAGUCCACUGAGCAGAACCAGAUCUACUCAGAGCUCCACAUCACAGUGGGAGGGACUGCAGAGGUCAAUGAGGAACACGAGGUCAGACAGGUUGAAACAGCAUCCAGGAAAACAAACACAGAAGAAAGAAGCAUCAGCCCAGGAGACAUAUUUAAAGACUCACCUGGAAGGUCUAAACCAAUCAGAAGAGUGCUGACAAAGGGAGUGGCUGGCAUUGGGAAAACAGUCCUGACACAGAAGUUCACUCUGGACUGGGCUGAAGACAAAGCCAACCAGGACGUCCACUUCAUAUUUCCAUUCACCUUCAGAGAGCUGAAUGUAGUGAAGGAGGACAAGUUCAGCUUGGUGGGACUUGUUCAUCACUUCUUCAAAGAAACCAAAGAAGCAGGAAUCUGCAGCUUUGAAGAAUUCCAGGUGAUCUUCAUCUUUGAUGGUCUGGAUGAGUGUCGACUCCCUCUGAACUUCCACCAGACUGAGAUCCUGACUGAUGUUACAGAGUCCACCUCAGUGGAUGUUCUGCUGAUAAACCUCUUCAGGGGGAAACUGCUUCCCUCUGCUCGCCUCUGGAUCACCACACGACCUGCAGCAGCCAAUCAGAUCCCUGCUGACUGUGUGGACAGGGUGACAGAGGUCCGAGGGUUCACCGACCCCCAGAAGGAGGAGUACUUCAGGAGGAGGUUCAAAGAGGAGGAGCAGGCCCGCAGGAUCAUCUCCCACAUCAAGAAAUCCCGAAGCCUCCACAUCAUGUGCCACAUCCUGGUCUUCUGCUGGAUCACUGCUGAAGUUCUGGAGGAAGAGUUGAAGAGCAGAGAGGGAGGAGAGCUGCCCAAGACCCUGACUGAGGUUUUCAUCCACCACCUGGUGGUCCAGGUCAAAAUGAACAAGGUCAGGUUUGAUGGAGGAGCUGCUACAGAUCCACACUGGAGUCCAGAGAGCAGAAAGGUAAUGGAGGCUCUGGGAAAACUGGCUUUUGAUCAGCUGCAGAAAGGAAACCCAAUCUUCUAUAAAUCCGACUUGAAAGAGUGUGGUAUUGACCUCAAAGCAGCCUCAAUGUACUCAGGAAUGUUCCCACAGAUCUUUAAAGAGGAAAAAGUCCUGAACAAGGACAAAUUGUUCUGCUUCACCCAUUCGGGCCUUCAGGAGUUUCUGGCUGCUCUUCAUGUCCAUCAGACCUUCAUCAAGUCUGGGACUGACCUACUGCAAGAGCAACAACAACAACCCUCCAGGGGGUCGAAAGCAAUGAAGAAGAGGCCAAAUAUUCACUUUCUCCAUCAGAGCGCUGUGAAUGAGGCCUUGAAGAGUCCAAAUGGACACCUGGACUUGUUCCUCCGCUUCCUCCUGGGUCUUUCACUGCAGACCAAUCAGAGUCUCCUUCAAGGUCUCCUGACAAAGACACGAAGUAACUCAGAGGCCAGGCAGGACACAUUAUGGUACAUCAAGGGGAAGCUGUUUGAGAGUGCAUCUGUAGAAAGAAGCAUCAAUCUGUUCCACUGUCUGAAUGAACUGAAUGACGUUUCUGUGAUGGAGGAGAUUGAAGCGCACCUGAGAUCAGAAAAUCUCACCACAGAUCCGCUGUCUCCUGCUCUGUGGUCAGCUCUGGUCUACAUCUUACUGUCAUCUGAAGAAGAUCUGAAGGAGUUUGACCCCAAGAAAUAUUCUGCUUCAGAGGAGGCUCUUCUGAAGCUGCUGCCAGUGGUCAAAGCCUCCAACAAAGCUCUGUUGAGCUGCUGUGAUCUGUCAGAGAGAAGCUGUAAAGCUCUGUCUUCAGUUCUCAGCUCUCAGUCCUCCAGUCUGACACAUCUGGACCUGAGUAACAACGGCCUGAAAGAUUCAGGAGUGAAGCUGAUUUGUGCUGGACUGGAGAGUCCUCACUCUAAACUGGAAGCUCUCAGGUUGAGGAACUGUGGUCUGUCAGAGAGAAGCUGUGGAGCUCUGUCUUCAGUUCUCAGCUCUCAGUCCUCCAGUCUGACACAUCUGGACCUGAGUAACAACGACCUGAAGAAUUCAGGAGUGAAGUUUCUAUCUUGCGGACUGGAGAGUCCUCAUUGUAAACUGGAAGCUCUCAGUCUGUCAGGGUGUCUGGUCUCAGAGGAAGGCUGUGCUUCUCUGGUCUCAGCUGUGAGAUCCAAGUCCUCCCAUCUGACAGAGCUGGACCUGAGCUACAACCAUCCAGGAGACUCAGGAGUCAAACUACUGUCUGCUGCACUGGAGGAUCCACACUGCAAACUGAAGACUCUCAGGGUGGACCAUGGUGGACAGCAGUGGCUCAAACCUGGUCUGAGGAAGUAUUUCAUUCAACUUGACCUGGAUGAAAACUCCAUGAGCAGAAAGCUCAAACUGUCCAACAACAACAGGAAGGUGACACAUGUGGAGGAAGAGCAGCCGUAUCCCGAUCAUUCAGACAGAUUUGGAGGCCACUGGACUCCUCAGCUGCUGUGUGGAAAUGAUCUGAGUGGUCGAUGCUACUGGGAGGUUGAGUGGAGCGGAGAUGUUGAUAUAUCAGUGAGCUACAGAGGAAUCAGGAGGAAAGGGGAGAGUUCUGAAUGUGUGUUUGGAUGGAAUAAUCAGUCCUGGAGUCUGAGGAGCUAUGAUAGCAAUUACUGUGUCUGGCACAACAACAUCGUAACAUACAUCUCCAGCGCUUCCUCCUCUGGUAGAGUAGCAGUGUAUGUGGACUGUCCUGCUGGCUCUCUGUCCUUCUUCAGAGUCUCCUCUGACUCUCUGAUCCACCUCUACACCUUCAACACCACAUUGACUCAACCUCUAUAUGCUGGAUUUGGAUUCUGGUCCCCUGGUUCUUCAGUGAGUCUUUUGGAAGAUGAUUCUCAAAAGAGGUGUCAGGAACAACUGAAGUCCAACCUGCAGAACAGGUUCCAGGAGGUGUUUGAGGGGAUCGCUAAACAAGGAGAGUCCACCGUCCUGAACCAGAUCUACACAGAGCUCCACAUCACAGAGGGAGGGACUGCAGGGGUCAAUCAGGAACAUGAGGUCAGACAGAUAGAAAAAGCAUCCAGGAAACUAGACAAAGAAGAAAGAAGAAUCAGACCAGAGGAAAUCUUUAAUGACUCACCUGGAAGGUCUAAACCAAUCAGAACGGUGCUGACAAAGGGAGUGGCUGGCAUUGGGAAAACAGUCCUGACACAGAAGUUCACUCUGGACUGGGCUGAAGACAAAGCCAACCAGGACGCCCACUUCAUAUUUCCAUUCACCUUCAGAGAGCUGAAUGUGCUGAAGGAGGACAAGUUCAGCUUGGUGGAACUUGUUCAUCACUUCUUCACUGAAACUAAAGAAGCAGGAAUCUGCAGCUUUGAAGAAUUCCAGGUGAUCUUCAUCUUUGAUGGUCUGGAUGAGUAUCGACGCCCUCUGGACUUCCACCAGACCAAAUUCGUGACUGAUGUUACAGAGUCCACCUCAGUGGAUGUUCUGCUGAUAAACCUCAUCAGGGGGAAACUGCUUCGCUCUGCUCGAAUCUGGAUCACCACACGACCUGCAGCAGCCAAUCAGAUCCCUGCUGACUGUGUGGACAUGGUGACAGAGGUCCGAGGGUUUAACGACCCCCAGAAGGAGGAGUACUUCAGGAGGAGGUUCAGAGACAAGGAGCAGGCCUGCAGGAUCAUCUCCCACAUCAAGACCUUACGAAGCCUCCACAUCAUGUGCCACAUCCCGGUCUUCUGCUGGAUCACUGCUGAAGUUCUGGAGGAGGAGCUGAAGAGCAGAGAGGGAGGAGAGCCACCCAAGACCCUGACUGAGAUGUACAUCCGCCACCUGGUGGCCCAGGCCAAAAUGAACAAGGUCAAGUAUGAUGACGGAUCUGCCAAAAAUGAAAUCUGGAGUCCAAAGAGCAGGGAGAUGAUAGAGUCUCUGGGACAGCUGGCUUUUGAUCAGCUGCAGAAAGGAAACCUGAGCUUUGAUCCAUCCGACCUGAAAGAGUGUGGCAUUGAUCUUGAAGCAGCCUCAGUGUACUCAGGAAUGUUCACAAAGAUCUUUAAAAAGGAGAAAGGUGACGAGAAUGUUUUGUUCUGCUUCAUCCAUCUGAGCUUUCAGGAGUUUCUGGCUGCUCUUCAUGUCCAUCAGACCUUCGUCAACUCUGGAAUCAACCUGCUGGAGAAGAAACAAACCAUCAGGUGGCCAAAACUGUUGAUGAAGACACCUAAGCUCCACCAUCUCCAUCAGAGAGCUGUGGACGAGGCCUUGAAGAGUCCAAAUGGACACCUGGACUUGUUCCUCCGCUUCCUCCUGGGUCUUUCACUAGAAAGCAAUCAGCGUCUCCUAAAGGAUCUGCUGACACAGACAGGAAGUAGCUCAACAACCAAUAAGGAAACAGUCCAGUACAUCAAGAAGAAGCUGAGUGAGAAUCUGUCUGCAGAGAGAAGCAUCAAUCUGUUCCACUGUCUGAAUGAACUGAAUGAUGGUUCUCUGGUAGAGCAGAUCCAACGGUACCUGGGAUCAGGGCGUCUCUCAAUAGUUGCAGUGUCUCCUGCUGAGUGGUCAGCUCUGGUUUUCAUCUUACUGUCAUCAGAAGAAGAUCUGACGGAGUUUGACCUAAAGAAUUACUAUGCUUCAAACUCUUCAGGAGCCUCAGAGGAGGCUCUUCUGAACCUGCUGCCAGUGGUCAAAGCCUCCAACAAAGCUCUGUUGCGCAGCUGUGGUCUGUCAGAGAGAAGCUGUGGAGCUCUGUCUUCAGUUCUCAGCUCUCAGUCCUCCAGUCUGACACAUCUGGACCUGAGUAACAACGACCUGAAGGAUACAGGAGUGAAGCUUCUGUUUUCUGCGGUGGAGGAUCCAUGCUGCACAUUGAAUAAUUUGAGGUUGAGCUACUGUGGUCUGUCAGAGAGAAGCUGUGGAGCUCUGUCUUCAGUUCUCAGCUCUCAGUCCUCCAGUCUGACACAUCUGGACCUGAGUAACAACGACCUGAAGGAUUCAGGAGUGAAGCUGAUUUCUGCUGGACUGGAGAGUCCUCACUGUAAACUGGAAGCUCUCAGUCUGUCAGGGUGUCUGGUCUCAGAGGAAGGCUGUGCUUCUCUGGUCUCAGCUGUGAGAUCCAAGUCCUCCCAUCUGACAGAGCUGGACCUGAGCUACAACCAUCCAGGAGACUCAGGAGUCAAACUACUGUCUGCUGCAGUGGAGGAUCCACACUGCAAACUGGAGACUCUCAGGUUGAGCAGCUGUGGUCUGUCAGAGAGAAGCUGUGGAGCUCUGUCCUCAGUUCUCAGCUCUCAGUCCUCCAGUCUGACACAUCUGGACCUGAAACAAGACCUGCAGGAUUCAGGAGUGAAGCUGAUUUCUGCUGGACUGGAGAGUCCUCACUGUAAACUGGAAGCUCUCAGGUUGGAGAACUGUGGUCUGUCAGAGAGAAGCUGUGGAGCUCUGUCCUCAGUUCUCAGCUCUCAGUCCUCCAGUCUGACACAUCUGGACCUGAGUAACAACGACCUGAAGGAUUCAGGAGUGAAGCUGAUUUCUGCUGGACUGGAGAGUCCUCACUGU